AUGGCCCCUGGGGACCACGACCACCUACGCCACAACCUAACCGCUCUUCUUGCCAAACUACUACCAUACUACUGUCCUUCAAAAAGGCAGGCGUGGCUACUCAAUGUCACAACAGCUCGACAACGCUUCCAGCGAAUCCAACACAACGACAACACGUGCAAAUACACUAUCCGAAAACACCUCGCUCCUCAGGAUGAGAGGAAUCCCAACUUGACAGCAUAUGAUGAGCCCUGGACAGGACGAUUGAAUCAUUCAUAUGAAGGUAAUUUUGAGGGACCAUUUGCACCAUCUUAUACCUCGCUCCACGUCUCUUAG